AAUUCUCAAUCAGUUAUGUAUUUCAUCUCUUUUUCGCACUAUCACUCGACCGCCCUUGGGCCAGGAUAGUCCACCUCCAAUCCUACCUCAUGACUCGGUUGGCGCAAGCCAAAGUAACUUUAAAUUUCUCGGCAGUGGCACCCUUUGUCUUACAUGAUCAAAAUGUUGAGGCUUUGACCUAUGGACGGAUGCAAGACGACUAUAUAAACAGCUCCAUCGUUCUUUCAUAGCCUCACCUCUCUUUCCUUUCUGCACUCUACGCCCGGUGCGUAUCGAUCAUUCACUCUCAUUUAGUCCGAACUUCUUUCGAGAUAUAUCUGCGCCAUGCCUUGCAAUAUGGACUGCUGCUGUGUCUCUGUGGGCGUCCUCUGCAUGGAUGGAACUGGCUUUAGGAUCAUCUGCAACUUCCUCAUGUUGUCCGUGAUCUAUCCUAUUGUUUGGCAGUUCAAGGUCUUGCACGCUUCUCCGCAAUCUCCGGGUGCAACGACGGCCAGUAUCGUUUUGUACAUGUUCUGCCUGGUAGCUUUCUAUGCAGUCCAACUCUUCUGCAAGGAAGGCAAAAGAUUGAAUUUCGACAUCAAGGUGGUGGCCUACUCAAUAUUAUCCGCCAUUACUUGUGUUGCUGGAUUCUUGGGAGUCUUCUCUCUGCUUCUGCACGGUGAUGCGCCGCUCAUGAGUCCCGCUGUUGUUGAUGGUACUGGUAAUCCCGUCGAACUCAACUAUGAUCAAGAUGAACGAGGCUAUGUGGCCAUCGUCAGUGUUGGCCUGACAAUGGUGGCCGUAGCUGUCUACAUGAUCUUCAUCUGUGAUAACGCUUUAGCGACUGAAGAAAUGGCACCGAAGACUAAGCAUUUCGUUAUGAACAGCGGCCUCACACUGAAGCCAAAGAAGCGUGAAGGACGUCGUGCGCGAGACCAAGAAGAAGUUCACCAAUGGCCAAAUUGGAGCGAAAACCUUGUUGCGCGGAACCCAACUUCGCGCGUUAACGUGGCUGACUAUGAGAGGCCCUCUUACGAGCAUCGGGACAUGUACAUUCCCCAGUCUCACAAGGCAUCAAGCGUGACUCGCCCUUCGCCGGCGUACAAGCCAGAUAUGGCCCGAGGCCCGUCUCCUGGUCUGCCACCUUAUCGGAACAAAGAAGACUUUGAGGAAAUUGCGCUGGUUUGAUGUGCCAUUUUCCAUCCCCUGUGUCUGAGUCGGCAAGCCGAUUGUUGGCUGUCAAAGGUUCUAUAUUACUCCGCUUACAAUCGUUCUUCUCUCCACUGUAUCUGCGAAUGUCAGAUUAUGUAGCACAUUCCUUUCAGUCUAGUUAUUAUCCGGGGUGAUCGCCUUGCACGAAAUGAAUGGUGUGAGAUGGCAUCCUCAAGG